GAAUGCAGAGGUGCAAUUUAAAGAUGUAUUUAUAGCACGUUUAUUAUCAUUUUCAUCAUUACAGGAAAUCAAAGGUGGGUAAAAAUGAUUUUUGGCUAACCGUAACAUUAUGAGUGACAUGCCAGCACCCGAAAACUUUAGAUACUUUAUGAGCUGACUUUACAGUGUUUAAAAGAUGUCCACAAUGCAGAAAUGUACUUUUCUUGGGGAAAUGAUAUCUAACAGUAACAGAGACUCCAUCUUACUUACCUGGAUGAUUGAGCAUGCAUCACGACAGUAACAGAGACUAAUAACAGGGUGUUAGUUCAUUAUUUGUAAAACAUGUUUUUCUCAGUGUUACAGAAACACACAGAGUUUAUCGUCAGCGUUUUUCACUCUCUGAUUUCCUUGCAGAACAUAAAGAUGUGCAGCAUUGCUGCAAACUGACAUUCCUUGUUUGCAGCAGAUAAAAAGCUGAGGGUAUCUUUUAGAUUUGUGCUGGACUGUGCACAGCAUGUUGGCUCAUGAAGUAGAUCAGCUUCUACUCACAUCAGCAAAGCUAAUGUUGAGACAGCUGAGGACUGGGGAAAUGAAUCCUGGUCUAAUAAAUGAAUGAACUUCAAAAUAAAAUAUUAGAUUAAGUUUUGAACUGGAUGAAUUAAUGGACACAGUUUUGUUAGCACACUGUUGUGUAGAUGGUUUUCAUGAUUUGAAUACCACAGGAUAUUUGAAUAGGGCAUCCUUUUAUUUUUUAGAACACCUCUGGGAUCAUGUAGAAGAAUAAAUUAUGUAACAUAGAAGUAAUGCAAAUAUUUUAUUUCCCCAUAAAAGAAGGAUUUUUGAGAUGUCUUUAGGCAGCAGGAGAACCAGAGACAGACAAUUACACACAGCAAAAGCAUUGGUAACCCUGUUAACAUUAUUAUAUUUUAUUCUUGGCACCAAUGCAUGUAGUUAUGGAUCUGCAGCUGAUCUCUAAUGUCACGUUUAAUAUUGAAAUUCUGAUUUUAAUGAGGUAAUCAAGGCUUACAUUACAGCAUAAUACAGGAGAAGGAAAAGAAGGGCGAGACAAGAGUGAGCAGAGCAAACAGUCAACUGGAAAACCAUGGAUAAGAUGCACUGGAUAUUAUUUCUGCAUAUUCUGAUGGGUCAGUGUUGCUUCUUUACAUGCCGCCUGUAUGAGUACCACUUUAUUGCAGAAAACAAGAGCUGGUAUGAAGCACAGAGAUACUGCAGAGAGAAAUAUACAGACCUGGCCAAAGUGUUUGACAUGACAGACAUGAGCAGACUCCGUAACUCCACACCGAAUCAAGGAGAAGCCUGGAUUGGACUGAACAACAACACAGGUGGAAACAGGACGUGGCAUUGGUCUCUGCCAGGAGUGAAAUACAUUCAAAAUGACAGCAGCUGGAAUCUGAAUGGAAGAACUGUUAAUGAGCUGCCUGGGAACUGUGGGAGGAAAAGAGACAAGCUGGUAGAUGUUUCAUGUGACAGUACUAUGUGGUUCAUCUGCUAUAGUGAAAUGAAGAAAGAUAAGAAAACAUUGCAUUUGAUACCAAAACUUAUGAACUGGACAGAGGCUCAGAGCUACUGCAGAUCCAAUCACACUGACUUGGCCAGUGGACUCAAUCAGGUAGAUGGAAAAGAAAUUGAGGCCCUUAUGAAGUCUAAAAAUUCUUCUUUUAGAGCAUGGAUCGGUCUGUUCAGAGACAGCUGGAGGUGGUCAGAUGGGAGUGAUUUCUCUUUCAGAUACUGGGAUAUGCAGUUAUUCAAUGAUACACAAAGCAACAAGAAAUGUGCUAUGACUCUGUUAAACAGAUCAGGAAAAUGGAGCUCUGAUGAAUGUGACAAAGAAAAACCCUUCUUCUGUUAUGAUGAUAAAUUGAUCCUGAUCAAAGAAAACAAGACCUGGGAGGAGGCCUUGGAUUACUGCAGAAAGUCUCACAGGGGACCGGUCUCCAUCACUAACCAUUACCAACAGAGAUGGGUGGAGGUGAGAGCCAAGAAUGCCUCGAGUCCUUUUGUCUGGCUCGGCCUGCGCUACUCCUGCACUCUGGAUCUGUGGUUCUGGGUCAAUGACCAGCUGGUCUGCUAUGAGAAGUGGAGCAAAAACCGAAAGACUGAGGAGUGUGGCAGGGCUGUGGGCAUGCAGAGAGGAGGACAGCAUGAGUGGGUCAGUCAGAGAGACAAUGAGAAAUACAAUUUUAUUUGUUCUGUCAAAUAAGAUUUAAUCAUAACUUAAAUAUUUCACUCUGAGCUAAACUUCUUUGAUUGU